UUGCGAUGAUAAUCGAAUAUUCGAAUGUCGAUUGAUACUAGAGUCUAGAAUACAAAAUAAAUUUAGUUUUAUGUUAUUGGUUUUUUGAAAUUUGUAAAUAUUACGUCUUACGUGCCAUUAAAACACGUUUUGCAAACAAUAUCCAUUCGAAAAUCAAAUACGUCUGUCGUUAUAAUUCGUAAAUCGUUCAUGAAAACAGUGCAGAUAACGUAUCCAAGGUAGUAUUUUAUUGAUUUUUAGUCAUCUCGUUAGGUGGCCAUUGAAACGACAAAAUAAACAAACUGCACAUACACGAAAGAAUUAUACAUUUUGAAUAAUAUACCAACGCCAAUAAUAAAAUUAAAUUUGAAUUAUUUGAUUGCACCUCGUAGAUACUCUAGUAGAUUUUUGGAUAUCAAUAUAUUAUUGUAAGAUUGCACACCUUAACAACCUCAGUCAAAAUGAAGAAAAUGUUAAAAUUGGUGAAAGGGGGAAAAAAGGAAGAUAAAAGUGGCUCUGGUACGCCAUCGGGUGAUGAACUAGAAGACGACCCAGAGAGUGCUAUUUUUUGCUAUAAAAUUGAUUCUGAAACUGAAGAAAAAAUGAGCCGAUUACACAGAGCUUCGUGGAAUGGCAGCCUAGAGAAAGUCAAAACGUUACUGCAAAAAAAACCAAUGGAUGUGAACACUGUGGACAGCUUUGACAGAACACCAUUACACUUGGCGAUGGCCAAAGGUUACUAUAACAUUGCUUGGGUGCUGUUAAAUCAUAAUGCUAGCUUAGAUUAUGUUGAUUGUGAUGGGUACACACCGUUCUUGAAGGCUGUAGAAUGCGGCCAAAAAGAAUGUGUUCAUUUAAUGUUGGAGAGAGGGGCAGAUGUAACAUGCACAGACAAAAAUAAAAAUACUGCUUUACACUUAGCUGCAAAACAGGGCUCAUUCACUAUAAUAUCUAUGCUACUUAAAAAAGGAAUUAAUAUAAAUGCACAGAAUGCUGCAGGUGAAUCCGUUCUUCAUGUUGCAUGUGCUGCUGAAAAUCGUGAUCUAAUAGAGUUUAUAUUAGAUAAUGGAUCACUAAUAAACAUAGCGGACAAUCAAGGACGUACACCAUUAAUGGUGGUAGCGAAACUUGGAAAUAUGUCUAUUGUAGACUUACUAUUGGACCGAGGAAGUCAACUCGAUGCUUGUGAUAUAAAUGGUCUAUCAGUGAAAGAUUAUGCGACUAAAGAAGGUCAUUAUAAAGUAGUGAAUCAACUAUCUAUGCAAAAAAUGAGUAUAAUGGCCAGAACUAGAUCUCAAGAAAAUGUCUUAGAUGAUUUAGACCAGAAUAAUUGUCCUCAAUCACAAAAAAAUCAUGAUAAUUCAAAUGAUCAAAAUAUUGUUGACGCUCAAAUUAUAAAACUUAAAAAAGAAGAUAAAAUAUCAAAAUCAAAUGUUGAAGAUAAUCAAAGUCAAAAAGAAUUUGUAACUGUUAAUUCUAUAGCUGAAAACAACGAUUUAAAAGCUGAUAAAAUCGAUGUUGAAGAGGUAGAUAAUAAAAAGGAAAAUCUGACUUUAAACUGUGAAGUUAAUCAUCCUGAUGAAUUAAAAAUAAAUAAUCAAAAGGAAAAGGAAAAUUUAAUUUCGAACUCUACUACGAAAAAUGAAAAUGAAAAUAAUAAUAGUAGUUCAAUAGAAACAGAUAAAGAAGUAAUUGAGAAAAAUAAAUUAACUGUUGAAAUCAAAAAUACAUCUACAGUAAAUGUUUUACCUAUCAAAGAUGAAGAAUCAGUAUCUCAAUGCACAAUGCCUCCACCAUUAGAUCCACCUAGAAGCUGGGAUUUUAUACAGACAAGUAUAAUACACACCACGGAUGUCAAUGAAAAAGCUGAAAAAGAAACCCAAGAAAAUAUUGAGCAAAUUCCUGAUCCAAUUGUUUGUGCAGUAAACACAGAUGAUUCAGAAUUGGAAUGGGGAAGUGAUGAAAGCCUUCCGACUGAUCCAAAUCAAUUGUGUCCUAUUGUAGAUGAUAAAAAAGAAGAAAAUAAAAAAAUGAAUACAUUUUAUAAUUUUAUAACUACAAAAUUAAUAAACAAGACAAAAAAUAGAGUUUCUGCAUCUGCAGAAAAUAUCAUUGAUGAGAGUUCUACUAAAAAACAUGUGAGAAAUAAGUCUUUUACUUCACUUAGAACCUUUAAACUCACUGUUCCAUCAGAUGUAAACAAAGCAUUAUAUCAGCUUAGUCCAGAGAUGAACUUUGCACAUUCUUCAUUCAGUAAAAGCAAAUCUUUUAAUGAACAUAUACCUACGGAAAAUGUUGAGAAAAAUUCUUUAGAAUUUGAGCGAUCUAAGUCAUUAUGUUUGGAUUUAAAACAUAACUAUAAAGUAACUGAGAAUCAGCAGAGAGAUUCAGAUAGCCAAAGUGAUGAUAGUUUACGUUCAAAAAGAAGUCUUUUGUUAUCUAUGCGAAUGCCUAAAGUUCAUGAUGAACAUCAUGACGACUAUCAUUUAGAAGUCAAAGAUAGUGAAACAUCUGAAGACGAAGGCCCACAUUACUGGUACAGUCCAAAUAAAAAAAAUGAUAAAAUAGUGCAACAAGACACUGUUAUUAGGAACUAUAGUGAAUCUGAUAGCGAAUCUGAAGAAAUCGGUUUACCAAAAUCUAAGUCAAAUCUUGAAGGAAUUUCUAAAGAACAUAACACAUCAGAUAAUUCUGACACAGAGAAUACAAUAUCAUUUUCAACUAGUCAUGAAGAUAUUUAUGGGACACAUAAACGCACUAGAUAUGCUUUAAAAAGAACUGAAUCUCUAAAAGCUUACUUGAAGAGAGUAACUAUUGAUAAAGACAGAUUACAACAAGAAUCAUCUGGAUAUAAAGAAAUAACAGAGCUGUUAAAAUAUGAAUUGGGAAAUCUUAAACAAGAUAUUUCCACUAAAAAUGAAACAACUAAGAGACUUGAAGAACAAUUAGAUCAGUUAGAUGCUAAAUAUACAGAAGCUUUAAACACAAUUCAAACACUUGAACUGUCUUCGAAAAAUUUAGAUAAAGAAAACCAAUAUCUCAAGAAAAUAAAUAAAGAACUCAUGGACAAAAUUAACAAUGAAUGCACUUAUAAUAGUGCACACAAAUCAGUAGAAAUAAUAACUCAACUUGAAUCUGACAAUCUUAUUGAUUAUACUGAUGAUGUGAGUACAAAGGAUAGCAAAACUAUUAUAAAACAACUACAAGAACAAUUAAAACUUGAACAGGAUAAACGGAUAGAACUUGAUGAACGUGUUAAACUUUUAUCUAUAGAAGUUAAUGAACAUCAGUCAUGUAGUUCAAACGUAGAAUUAUUGAAAGAAUUACAAAGCAAAAUUUCUAAAGAUUACAUACCAAAAAAAGAAGUAUUGAAACUAAAAACAGAACAAGAAAGAAAAAUCAGUAAAGUGAAAAUGGAAGCUGAAAAAAAAUUAGCAGAUAAAUUUUGUGACCUUGAUAAAUUAUUAUCUCAGCAAAUGAAUCAACAUGGGAAAUUAGAAAUGCAAAGAGAAAAAAUUGAAAACCAACUUAAACAGGAAUUUGAAAAUACAAGACAAAGAUUUCAACUCGAAAUUGCAAAACUUCAAACAACACUAAAAACCAAAGAAAUGGAGGAACAAAUAUUAAGGGAACGGUGUGAGAUUCUUUCACAAGAAAUUGAAAAAACCCAAGAUAUUAAAUGGAAAACAUUGGUGGACAAAACUUAUAAAAUAAAUGAUAUACAUAAAAGUUCACUCAAUAAGUUAUCAAUGCUUUGUAAAACUCCAGAGCCAAGUCCCACUUUUGAAAAACAAGAAUCAAGAGAUGUUCCUUGGUAUCAAUACAAUGACCAAACUCUUCGAAAUGAACUGGAUACAGUCAUUACACAAAACAUAAAUGCUGCUUUAAAAGACGAUGCUCAGGUUGAUGAAUACAAAUAAGCAAUAUAGCUAUACUAAAAACAAGCUUAUUAUUAUUGAAAUCGCAUUUAUUAAAUUUAUAUUACGAUUAA